AGGAUGCUCAGAGAGAGAAUCGCUCUCCUCCCUCCACACCAGCCUUUCCAGGAGCUUGAGGUCAUAGCUACACUGGGCAUGGGAGGAUUUGGACGAGUGGAGCUGGUAAAGCUGAAGGACGAGGACACCACAUUUGCAUUGAAGUGCAUUAAGAAGAAGCACAUUGUGGAUACGAGACAGCAAGAGCAUGUCUACUCUGAAAAAAACAUCCUUCAGCAAACUAACUCAGCGUUUAUCAUAAGGUUAUUCCGAACAUUUCGGGAUGAUAAGUUUGUCUACAUGCUGCUUGAGGUGUGUCUUGGUGGAGAGUUGUGGACUCUGCUGCGGGACAUGGGUUGUUUUGAUGAGGCCACAGCCAGGUUCUGUACUGGUUGUGUCUUAGAGGCGUUUGAUUACCUCCACACUAUGGGCAUUGUCUACAGAGAUUUGAAACCUGAAAACCUCCUACUGGAUGCUGAGGGUUAUGUCAAAAUGGCAGACUUUGGCUUUGCUAAAAAGAUUGGCCUUGGAAAGAAGACAUGGACAUUCUGUGGGACACCAGAGUAUGUGGCCCCAGAGGUUAUCAUGAACAAAGGCCAUGACUUUGGAGCUGAUUGCUGGUCCUUGGGAAUCCUCAUAUUUGAACUUCUCACUGGCAACCCACCCUUUGUUGGCUCAGACCCCAUAAAGAUUUACACCAUGGUCCUCCAUGGCAUUGAGAAGGUGGACUUCCCCAAGAGAAUAGGCAAGCAUCCUGACGACCUCAUCAGGAGACUCUGCAAGCUAAACCCAGUGGAGAGGCUGGGAAACAAAAAGAACGGCAUCAUUGACAUAAAGAAACACAAGUGGUUCCGGGGUUUCAACUGGGAAGGUUUGAGGUGCCACAAGCUGCUGUCUCCACUUAAGAGAGAGUUGAAGGGGCCGAUGGAUUACAGUCACUUUGACAUGUUUCCUCCUGACACAGAGGAGGCUCCUGAUGAACUGUCUGGCUGGGAUAACGACUUCUGAGGACACUGGUCAUUUAGACUCUAAGCACCCACAAUGGAUCUGGCUCCUGAAGCUGUGGGGGUUAGCAAGCUAACUCCUAAAGAUUAACUCUGGCUUUUCACUUUCGCAGCAGCUUGGGGGACAUCACCAUGGUAACUGAGACUGAAUGGUAACCUGUUGUGAGGAAAGUGAUUGCCAGAUUUAGAGACUUAUUUGAAUAACCUUUACUGUACUGCAUCACUUCGUUCAUGGUUUCCUUCUGGGUAUAAGAGGGUUUCUGUAUUUACAACUGAAUUGUCA